AGUCCUCAACCCUGAGGAGUCUCAGAAUACCCCGCAGGCCAGAUUUCCUCCUGCAGCAGCUCCCCACAGGAUGAAGGUCUCCAUGGCUGCCCUCUCCUUGCUCUUGCUCCUGCUCCUCGGCGCCACCGCCCCAGGGGCCAGAGCUAAGUCCUCCUCACGAGGACCUUACCACCCCGCCGAGUGCUGUUUCACCUAUGCUACCCGUGAGCUCCCACGUCACCGCAUUUCGGAUUAUUAUGAGACCAGCAGCCAGUGCUCCAAGCCUGGAAUUGUCUUCAUCACUAAAAAGGGCCAUUAUAUCUGCGGCAACCCUAGUGACAAGUGGGUCCAGGACUACAUCAAGGACAUGGAGGAGAACUGAGUGACCCAGAGGCAGUGGGACAAGUGCAGAUCAGAGCUCUAAAGAGGAAAAGGCCCCUCUGCUGCCCCCGGCUCUCAGCCCCAGCCACCCCCUGCAAGCUGCCCUGCCUUGAAUUAAAAAACAUUCAUGCUUUUCAUUCCCUUCA